UAAGGACAAGCAUUUAUAAUAGACUAAUUUAAUCCAAAGCAGCUCACAAGCGUUCAGACACUGUCAUUGUUUGCUCUGGCUCUAAAACUUUUUGAUUAUUUAGACAAGUCUGUGAUUCAAAUAUUAUGCAGAAAGAUUACAUAAAGAUAUAUUUUCAACAUUUGAAAAUAGAUAUUAAAAGUGUGAGAUGACAGUUUAGUAAAGUCCAUAUUUUGGUUAUUUCUUCAUAGUAAUUUAUAUUUUCAGCCUGUGCAAAACAACAAACGCUAAGCUGCCAUGAGUUUAUCCCAGAAUAUCUCGAUUGUUCAUCCAGACUUUUUCAUCACUGGGCUUACAGGUACACCAUACAGCACUUAUUUCUAUAUAUUCUUAUUUAUCAUAUAUUUUAUUUCUAUAAUUGGAAACUCGAUAGUCCUUCUCAUUAUAGCUCUUCACCGGAGCCUGCACAGUCCAAUGUACAUUGGUGUGUUUAACUUGGCCUUGGCAGAUAUUGGUGAAAGUAAUGCACUGAUCCCUAACAUGAUGAAGAUUUUUUUUUCGGACUCACAGUACAUCUCAUAUAAUGAUUGUUUGGCAAACAUGUUUUUUGUGAACUUCUUUAUUACUGUGCAGACUUACACUCUUGUUGUUCUGGCAUUUGAUCGUUUCAUUGCAAUCUGUUUGCCACUAAGAUAUAAUGCCAUAGUGAAUAAUAAGUUCAUGGCUAUAUUGUUUUCAGUAAUAUGGGCAUUUAACACCUUUCUUGUAACACUGUCAACAUCUUUGAUGACCAGACUUUCAUUCUGUAAAUCCAAUGUGGUAGAGAGUUGGUAUUGUGACUAUGGAAGAUUGGUGAGGAUGCCAUGCAAUGACAGUAGCAUUAAUAAUGUCAUAGCAAUCCUCAUUACCGCUUUUUUCAUUGUAGCACCACCAUUCAUUAUAGUCCUGUCAUAUCUGGGCAUUUUUAUUGCUUUAUGUAAAAUUACAACUUGGGAAGGACGUUUUAAAGCACUGAAGACCUGUGUUUCUCACCUUUUGGCAGUUGGAUCAUUCUUUCUUCCCAUAUUAUGCAAUAUGAUUGCUGCACCUUCUAUCAAUGCCAGGAUCAUCAGCGGAUCUCUUUCAUUUGCUCUUCCACCAAUGCUAAAUCCCAUAAUUUAUGUUUUAAACACAGCUAAAAUCAAAGACUUAAUCCGAAAAGUGCUUAACAACAGAUCUUCACCAAUUAGAGGGAAUGUUUCAAAAUGACUGCAAUCAUUAUCUAUGUGUUCUUCAAUCAUUGUGAAUUAAAUUACCUAAAAUUACAUUUAUAUGUAUUUCAUAAUAUUAGAUCCAUUCAUUUGAAAAUAAAAGUGUACAAGCAGAAAAUAAAUUCAGUCUGCUAUACUCUUAACAUUUAGAGUGGACACUUUAGAUAUGUGUGUUGGUUAACAGCAGUGAAAUAUUGUUUAUUUAUUUAUGAAUGCAUCCAUCUGAUUUCAAGUGUAUGUAGUGUUCUGUUGUUCUUCUGUGUAGUUGUUCUUAGUUACUGACCCCAAGACAAAACAAACUGAAUAGACAAAUUAUUUAAGCAAGCAAUUUGAAUUAUUUUGUUGUUAAAAUUUCUAUCAGGAAUAACAAAAAUACCAAAGAGUAGGUUUGGUGAAGAUAAUGUUUUAAUAACAGUUAAUGAAUACAAUGAACAACAGCAAAAACAUGGCAGAGAUGAUGGUAAUAGAAACAGAAGAGGCAGAUGUGGACAACAAUGUUUUAAUGUUCAUUAUAUACUAUAAUCAUUAAAGAAACAGGCUCGCAUGCAUAAACUGUUGUGUGGAGAAGGCCAGUGAAGGAAUAAUGCAGAUUGUUUGUAUACAAACCACAUCCGUGGCACAACAGGGAGACCAACAUAACAAACCUGAAAUAAUCCAGAGACCUGAAAAUAAUUUUAAUGUCAGCCACCAAAGUGUUAUUAAUUUUUUCUUUGUCAAUGAGGGCAAAUUCAAAUAAAUGUAUUUCUUUUUUUUUUUUUUUUUUUUUUGCUUUUUUUUUAUUAACCAUAACUAGUUCUCACUUUAGAUUAGGUCACAGAAAAUGGGAAAAUGCCAUUAAUUAAGUGCAACCUUUAUCGGACAUUAAUUGCAUUUAUAUUCAGUGUUCCUUAAAAUGUUUAUAAAUACAUUAAGCACACACAUACAUAUACAGUACAUGUUGGCAUAUGUGGUUUACAGGGACUCUCUACAGGCAAAAGGAUUUUUAUACUGUACAAAUUGUAUAUUGAUUAGUGCACACUCCCCCCAUAUACUGUAUAGUAAGAGACUAAUACUAAUGCAAUUAUUGUCCAAUAAAGGUUGGUUUACAAACAAAACAUUUUUACAACAAUUUUUUCAAUCUCAAACCUCUGGGAGUUUAAUGCAGGAUUCACAAAACGCUUGGUCUUAAAAUAUGGAUCAUUGCCUAGUUUAUUUGGACCAGCUUGCUCCUCUGAAUCUCAAACUGUAAAUAUGAUUAAUAAUUGAUGUUUAGGGUUAGGGUUUAAAAUUCGUAGUUUUGUAUGUUAUGUUGUGUAACGUACUCUCUGGUCUGUAUGUCUCCUGCUAACCGGCUAACUCACAUUUCUGUAGUUCUGCUAUUCAGAUGUGGGUCCAAUAUUGUCUAAAAAUGUGUCAAUUAAUGCAGCUUGUCUGUCUUAUUACUUGGAGUAAUGAUCAAGGAUAGAGCACGACUUUUUUUACAAAUUGUAAUGCAUUAUCAGUUAUUCACGUUUGUGCUCGUGGGAGUUUACAACAUACAAAACCAAUUGUUUUUUUUUUUCCUCUCUAUUCUGCUUGCCGCUUAAGAGAGUGGCGAGCAGGGAGGCGAGGCCAUGGUGCGACAGCCGCUUAUAUAGCCCUGUCCUACAUUCAUUAGUCUCACUGUGUUGUGCUUGGAAAAUGUCUCAGGUUACGCAUAUAACCAUGGUUCCCUGAGAACAGAGAAUGAGACAUUGCGUCCUAGAACGCUAAUGGGGAACGCCUUUGUGUGUACUGUUUUAGAGGUUUGUUUGGUGCUAUGUCUUUUUUUAUGUAGAAUUUCUUCAUUGUACAGCACUUCGGUCAACGCUCUGUUGCUUUAGUAGUGCUUUAUAAAUCAAUAAACUGAAACUGAAACUGAA